AUGAAUCCCCCCCCGCCGUCGUCCAAAGCGACAUCCAAGUCCCGCAGGUUUAACACCUUGGCCGGAGGCAGGCAAGCAUACUCGCAGCCGUCAAGCGAUAGUAUUCCCGAACCCAUCUAUCCCCCGGCCCAUGAUAUAAAAUUUGCCGACCUGGCCUCGGAAGGGAUCAUCGACUCUACCCUGCUAUACACAAUUACCAACGACCUGCAAUUCGAAACCAUGACAUCGGUGCAAGCAGCCACCGUGUUCCCGCUCCUGAGCGACCACGCCGACGUGCUGGCGCAAGCCAAGACCGGGACGGGAAAGACGAUCGCCUUCUUGCUGCCGGCUAUCCAAAAUUUGCUCAACCGGGGGCCGACCAAGCCCGGCAGCAUGGUCUCUGCCCUCAUCGUCUCGCCCACUAGAGAGCUGGCCAUGCAAAUCGGCGAGGAGGCUAAAUCAUUGCUCCGGAAUCUGCCCGAGUACACUGUCCGCACCGUCCUAGGCGGCGCGAACAAGGCCGCCGAGGAGAAGCGUCUGGAACGACGGUGCGACAUCCUUGUCGGCACCCCAGGGCGGCUGUUCGAUCAUCUGGAAGCCGAGAGCGGCAUUCUCCAUCAGAGGGUACAACAGCUCGAUACGCUAGUCCUCGACGAAGCCGACAGGCUGCUAGAUAUGGGAUUUCUCUCCUCUCUGAAGAAAAUCAUCGCCCAUCUCCCUAACAAGACCGACCACAAAAGGCAAAGCAUGCUUUUUUCGGCAACGGUGCCCAAGCAUGUCCAGCCAGUCGCCAGACUGGUGCUAUCGCCGGAGUAUAAGUACAUCUCCGCCAUCCCCAAAGGCGAAGUCAAUAUACACCAGCGCGUCUCCCAGAACCUCGUCGUUGUCCCCAACUUCGCCGACCUUGCGGCUGGGGUAAUCGGUGCGAUACGCCAAGAGCACGAGAGCGGCCGCAAAGAGGCUUUCAAGGCCAUAGUAUUCGUUCCCACUGCGCGGCUGGUGGACUUCUAUGCGGCCAUCCUUAAAAGUACGCCCGGUCUGCCGCAAGUCAGCGCGAUUCACUCCCGCCUGACGCAGCCUAGACGGACGCGAGUCACUGACGAGUUUCGCCAAGCCCGGACUGGCAUCCUCGUCGCGACCGAUGUGAUUGCUCGAGGCAUGGACUUCCCCUGGGUGACGAACGUCUUCCAGAUCGGCAUCGCCGCGGACAAGGAAAGCUACGUUCACCGGCUAGGGCGCACCGCCCGUGCGGGUGCUAUGGGCCGGGGUACCUUGGUCCUCACUACGCACGAGUCCUUCUUCCAUCAAAGAGAUCUGGCUGAGAUCGAGUUUGAGAAAGUGCCCGCGGAUCUAAGCGCCCAUCCGGAGAUUCUAAACAUCGCGAAGGAACUCGAUGCUAAAGCGCAUGGGCAGGCAUACGUAGGGUGGCUCGGCUUCUAUAAGCAGUACCUCAAACCCAUGGGCUGGGCCCCCGAGCGGCUAGUCGAAGAGGCAAAUCAUUUCGCGAUCCAGGGGCUGGGAGCAUCCGAGAUCCCAUCGAUACGCAAAAGCAUCAUUUCGAAAAUGGGGCUGAAGGGUGUCCCCGGCCUCGUUUCCCGCCCCGAGCCCGUACAGACUUCUUCAUACGGGGCCAGGGCGAGGCAGGACGACUAG